AUGUCCGAAUCCACAAAACUUAUCUACCAGCAAGACGGACAGCUGCUCCUGCACGGGGCCAAGAUCCUGUCCAUCAUCCCAGUCUCCAAUCUCCCAGAGGCCGACCAAGGCCUAGUCAAAGACUCCCCAGAAAUCGAGCAUGCCGUGGUCACCGACUCCACGAUCUUUCACGUCCAAGGAGGCGGCCAGCCCUCAGACACCGGAACCAUGACCACGGAGGUAGCGCCCAAAGCAGCCUCCAUCUUCGAAGUAAAAUCCGUCCGCCAACCAGCCCAGGGCAAUCAGAUCCUGCACUUGGGCCGCUUCGUCCCGGUCGGGACUACGCAGUUCGAUUCCGGAGAGGAAGUCCAGCAGCACGUGGACGCUGAGAAGCGGAACCUGCACUCUCGUCUUCAUACUGCUGGACAUGUCAUGAGUUUAGCGAUCCAUGCGCUGUGUCGUGAGGGCGUGCUUCCCCCGGUGAAGGAGUCAAAGGCGUCGCAUUAUCCGGGGUCGGCGUCGGUUUCGUUUGAGGGCACGUUGGAGGGGAAGCAUAAGGAGCUUAUUCAGGCGAAGACGGAUGAGUUUGUGAAGUCGGCGAGUCCGGUUAGGAUUCAUUGGUGGUCGAUGGAGGAGUUGAUGGAGAAGUGCUUUGUUGCGGAGGGGUUUGCGUUGCCCGAAGGGGAGACGUUGGGGAGGGUUGUGGAGAUGGAGGGGUUGGGAAGUUAUCCUUGUGGAGGGACGCAUGUUACGGAUUGUAGCUUGGUUGGGAGGAUUGAGGUGAAGAAGAUUUCGAGGUCGAAGGGGGUUAGUCGGGUUUCGUAUACUGUUGUAUAG